GAACUCUAUUCAAUGCACAGGCAGACAGUAUUUCUCCCCCUUUGCUUUCGGCGCACAAAAGACUCACUCCUGAUCCCCAGUUCGGCAUGUAUAUAUUUAUAUAUAUAAACACCUUUGACCUCUAUGGUCAAUCAUCUUUCUCACAUCCAUCGUCAUUUGAUUCUUUCCUGUCUGCCAUCACUACGUAACAACAAUGACUCACAGCAACGGUACCGCGACUGAUCAUCAUGGAACCGGAUUCGGAGAAACGAUGAGAAAUUUAUUCUCAUUCAAAUCUUCAAAGAGAAAGCUAAUUCCGAAAACAAUGUUUGAACAGUUACCAGAAAUAUCAGACAAACAACCGUCAAAGCAUUCACAACAACAACAACAACGUUCAAUGCGAUCCCUUCCACCUACAAGCUCAUCACCUGAAACAGUCAAGAUGAAAAGGGCAACCGUCAUCGUCAAAAAUGAUGAUGUAAACGUCCGUGCUACUACUUUACCCCGUCGUGCACUUUCACAGAGACAUCCUGCCGCUGAUAAUCGUAGGUCCAGUCAAUAUUGGGGUCCGCCUCCUAUGCAAAGAUCCAUGAGUGGAAGAUAUGCCGAUAACCCUAAUCGUAAAUCGCGUAUUAUGAUGGGUUUAGAAUUGGAGGAUGAAGAAGCAAAAAUUGAAAGACGUCAACCACUUCCUGAAGGAAAGCCUGUGAGCAUUUUGGUCAGCGAUCAACCUCCUUCACGAAAUCAACGCAACUUUACCGAACCCGUAUCCACCUCCAAGCUCUCACGAUCAGUAACUAUUUCCGCUAAACCCACCAUUGGCCGAUCAGCGCUUUCCGGUGGCCAUUCACCAUCACCAAAGAAAUCGACAACUCUACAACGAUCUACAUCUGUUUCCAGCACGUUCAGAGCAAGACCACGGGGAGGAUUGCCAAGCGCGAUGGAAAUGCAAAAGCGAUCUUCUCAAUUCAUUGGCUAUUGGUGUCCUUACCCUAGCACGGCAACAGAAAGUAGCCCUGUACCGGAAAAGAAUGAACUUCGAUUCGAAAACGAGCUGGAUCUCGAUUAUGGUCUUGAGGAUGAUGAGGAAAUUCAACUAACAGCCGAAGAAGCAAUGUUCCCAAAGAGAAUUUACUCCAGACAGGUUCGGGCCAGCGAAAAAGAACAACAAAUGCAAGAGCUUAUUCACGCCCACUUUGCAUCCGAUUCAAAUCCUUCAUCAAGCUCGCAUGGCAGUCCUAUUUCCAUCUCGAAAAGUCUGCCUAGCUCUCUUGCUCAACAAAAAGAUCCAAAUGCGCCAUGUUGGGCCGUUCUUCGUGGUUGGAGAAUGGGUGUUUAUUCAACCCGUGAAGAAGCAGAAAGACAGAUGGAAAAUUUCCCUGGUCCGUAUAUGCAAGAAUUUCCAAACGAACGAGAGGCAAGACAAUGGCUUCAAGAUGGUGCAACAGAUGCACGUAGAAUCCCUUCCGUUCGUACUUUGGAGCUAGAUGAAGAUUUCAAUCAUCCUUCUUUGUCACGAAUGAGUCUAUACGAACGAGCAGAUGUGAUCGAAGGUCGCGUAAAGAGAGCAUACAGCUUACGCAGGGAAGUACCUCGCAAGGUUGUUCCUCAAAAAGGUUUUCCUGCCUUACCCAAACCUCCAGUGGAUGUUUGAUCUGACUUUCUCACACUUGUACUUUUAUUCCAAACAUACCUUUGCCUUUCCGUUCUCUCUGUAUACCUUAUAAAAUGA